AUGGCCGAGCCUGACCCUGAACCGAUUCCAGGUACGCCCGGGAUCCGGGAAAUAAGGUCCGAAAUGGGGACUGAGACUCUGAGGUUUUGCAACGAACAGAAUGGAAAUGGAGGUAACCAGGGGACAAGGAAGGUGGGUUUGAGAGCAGAGAUCGACACGUCGCCUCCGUUUGGGUCAGUUAAGGAGGCUGUGACCCGGUUUGGGGGAAGCGGGUCAUGGAUGCCUUAUUACUAUAGGAUUGGAGAAAGUUAUGGAGUUGAGGAUAUCGACAUAAAAAAGGUGGAGGAACAAGCGGCAGAGUUAGAGAAGCAUCUGAUCGUGAAAGAAUUGGAAACACUCGAUGUCCUCGAAGAACUUGGAACAACGAAAAGGGUCGUUGAAGAGUUAAAGCAGCAACUGCAAAAGGAAGCACUUAGAUGCAUGACAGUUCCUGAUGAACCGAUGUCAAGUCCUGCUAUCAAAGAAAUGAACAAGGAAAACUACAGCUUUCAUGUCAACAACCGCGAACAGAGGAUCGGAAGUUCGAGCCCUUGCCCUACAGCAUCUCCUGAUCUCAUCUUAAUGGAGUUGAGGCAAGCAAAAUUGAACCUUGGUAAAACCAUUAACGACCUUGGGGUGAUUCAAACUUCUGUUGAGUCUUUGAAUAAGAAAAUGAAGAUAGAGAAAACCUUACUCGAAAAGACCCGUGAGAGGCUAACAUCAAAAUUUGCAGGGGUGCUAUCUCUGGAAGAAGAGCUAAAGCAAGCAAGAGCAAAGCCACAUAUUGCUGAUGUUGUUGAAACUGAUUACAAGGCAGAGCAGUUAAAGAAAAUGGAUCAAGCUGAGAAAAUGGAAGUUUCAAAAGGAAUGCUAGCUGAAAAUAUCAAGACUAACAUAAGAACUGCCGAAUUGAGGUUGUUGGCGGCCAAAAAGAUGGAAGAAGCAGCAAGAGCAGCAGAAGCUGUUGCCCUAGCAGAAAUCAAGGCUCUGUCAUCUGAUGACAGCUCAUCAGGAUCAGGAUAUGCCUUGCCAGAACCAGAGAAUAUUCCCUUGUUUGAAGCACGAUCUCCUCUAACUCCAAAAAUUCAGAAGGCUGAGAUGCUUUCCUAUAAAAAAGUAGAAGCUUUGAAGCUCCCAAAGAAAGAGGGUAACUUCACUAAAAUGUCUAUUCUAAAAAAUCUAAGGGAAGCAACAGAAGAAGUUAAACUAAGCAAACAAGCCUUAGAAGAGGCUCUGAGAAAAGUCGAAAUGGCAAAUAGAAAGCAAUUUGCUGUUGAAGAGGCUUUCCGCGAAUGGAUGCCAGAGGAUGAUCAAGAGGGACAGGGUGAAUAUUAUCCCACCAGGCUUGGUAAUUUCCAUUUGCAUCAACCUGAUCAACGACAGGAUUCUCCAUUAAAUGAAGUUAACAACUCCAGUCUGGUUAAUGAUGGCCCAAAGCCUGUUUUGAGAACCACAGUUUCAAUGAGGGAUGUUCUGAGCAGGAAGCAAAUUAGACCGGAAGAAUAUGUUGCAGCAAGGCCAGCAGAAGGCCGCACAGAAAGGCAAAAGGUAGCUUUGAGUCAAAUGCUUCAUGACCUAAGGGAGGAUCUAACACUUCAUCCAAGAAGUGAAAAACAGGGAGGUGAACAAAAGCAGUUCUAUACUCAAAGGAGAAAGUUUGGUUUCAUUCAUAUAUCUUUGCCCAUGACGAAACCAAGCAAGAAAAAGGUGCAAGAUUUGAACAAUAUGAUGCGUUAA